UCGUCAAGCAAUGUACGCUUCAAUGUUUUUCACCAUUCUGUUUAUCAUGAUGCAAAGCUAUACAUAUGCAACGAAAUGCAAUGGAUUUGAAGAACUCUGUGAUUUAACCAUUGAGCAAGUCUCCUUGGCAGGAACGCAUAAUUCCGGAGCAGGUUUUGAUGGUGAUUUAUACCAUCAUUGGUGGAAAUCUGGUGGGAGACUCGCUUUAUCUGUUGAUCAACCAAAAAAAACAGUAGUAUAUAGUUGCUGGUGGCGCAACCAGGACAAAAGUUUUUACGCUCAACUCGAUCUUGGCAUUCGGUAUUUUGAUAUUGAUACUUGCUGGGAAGACCAUUAUGAACCGAAUAGUGCAUGGAUAUGCCAUGCUGAUGCUUAUGCAGGUUCAAUAGAGAAAAUGAUCACCCAAAUUGAUCGUUGGAUGAAUGAAGAUGGGCAUGAAAAUGAAGUUAUUGUGAUCCACUUUAAUCGUGAUUUUGCUAUAGAAAAUAGUGAUAAGACAGCACGUGAUAUCAUUCAACAACUUGAAAGAAAAUGGAUCCAUUCCAACUCCUCCAAGGUUGCUAUUCAACCAUCGAAGAAUGCAACACUACGAUCAGCAGUGAAUCAAAACAAACGCAUUUAUAUCAUCAUGCAUGACGGUCUUUCGAAUCAUAAUUACAGAAACUGGGCGUUAUCACAUAAGAGCGUGGGUUACACAUGGAUCGGCAUGUCAUACUUCGGUUCUAAUUAUUGUCGCAAAUUGGUUGAAGAGAUGGGGCAGGAAAGGUGUGAGGCAGAGGCGGCAAUACAUAAUUUUGUCCGAUAUGACUUGUACCUUUCCCCCUUUCCCCCGUGCAAUACGUAUAAUGCUGAACUUUGCAAUAAACUCAUAAAUGAAGGUCGUGGUAGGUGUUUCAGUGGAACUAAGAUUAGAGGAAAAACAGUGAAUUUCUUCGUUGUCGAUUAUGCUGACACACAAGUGAUCGAAGCUACAAAGAAACAAAAUAUAAGAAAUAUUGAAAUGUAUUUAGGAAAAAUUGUAACUGAGUGA